AGACUAGGUGCAGUGCAUGUACAGUGCAUGCAAUGCAGAGUCGUGUGUGCACGCUAUCAUUUGUACUUCACUUGGUCAAGUUGGUGGAUGCGACUUAAAAACGAACUCACGGAUGCAAGAGGGAUCGAGCCCGUAUCCAGGAAGUCCAGACCUAACGUUAGCUUUGAAAUUCAGAUGGUGCGUGAAUAGUCAUCAUGGCCCGUCAGGAUAGGGAUAGAAGGAGGCGGUUGGACCGCAUGAUGAAGGAUUUGCACAAAGUUCCUCCCUGCGAGAUCCUUCCGUAUCUUACUUGCCUCAGUGAAACACGUGUGGAGCAAGUUCGAGCAAGGGAAAAUAAUCAAGGACCUACCAUUGCAGCUGCAGAGCUCUUUGAAGAACUUCCGAAGAGGGAGGGUUGGUUCAGCGACCUUAUAAAUGCACUCAGAGAGAUUGGACGUGACACGCUUGCUGAGGCACUGGAAGGGCCAGAGAGACAAUCCUCAUCCUCGGGAUCAUCUCACAGCGGAGCUUCCGGAAUGAGUUUCCAAAGUACUCAGACAAAUCAGGUUCCAUCAAGACAGCAGUGUACACCAGCAAAUCCAGUGGGGUAUGCUCAGCAGCCUCAAGGUCAACUUGGAAGACCGCUCGAACCUGAAGCAUCCUUCACACCUGUCAAACCAGAAGGGAAAGAUGUCCAGUGCAAGGGUGAACAGGAAGUCAAAAAAAGUUUUUGUGAAGAUCCUGAACAGCGUCCUCCACCUCCUACAGCCGAGCUUCCUACGCCAAUACAGGAGAGGAUGCCAGAAGCUCCCGCACCUCAUCAGUCAAGGACGACUGAUAGGGAUUCUCCGGCACCUAGUUGUCCCAACCAUGAUCAACAGAGGUAUGAUUCCGAAUCCGAUUCAUCCAACACAAGUCCACCACAAGGAGGACAUUCAUCACGGGUGACGAGACGAAUGACAGGAAAGGCAGAGGAGUCUGUUGUAAAGAUGAUGGCCAGCAACCCAUCUUCCGAUAGAGAUGCCGGUCCCAGCUGUGAGCAACAGUGGCACAAUGAUUCCGAAUCUGACACAUGUAACACCAGUCCAUCUAACACCAGUCCACCAGAGGCGGAAGAGUCGGUUGCCAAGAUGUUGCCAAGAAGCAGCCCAUUGCCAGGGAAAGAUGCUGGUUUGGAUGGUGUCAGUGUCAAUCCAAGACAUGGAGGGCUUGCUGGAAACGAGGCUGCUCCUGGGAGGGUGAAAGAAGAUAUAGAAAUAGGGAGAGAUGAAGAGAAGAAGAGAGUAGAGGGGAAGAAGGAUGAAGAGGAGUGGAAUAAUCAAAAUACAAUAAACCACAUGAAACACCUCAACGUCUCUAAACCAAGUAACAUCCCAGGCAAGGUGAAUAACCUUAGCCCAACUAAAGCUUCAGGGCAGUCUCCCAAUGUUGAGGUUGGAGAAGAGGAUCUCAACAUUGAGAUAGGGAAUAUAGAACGCUUGUCAUCCGGUACCCACUCCUUGUCAUCUCGCGAAAUCGAUCCUAGGAACAAGGAAGCUGUGGAACCUCUAACCGAGAGCGACAUUUUGAUAAGCAAAAGCCUGACAGCAUCCUCUCAAAGCGGUUCAUGCCUUCAGCAAAAUAAUGAUGGUAAUAAAGAAUCCUUGGGUGGGGCACAUAAAGCGGGCAGCAAAGAUGGUGGAAGGGGUGGUAGCGAUCCUGUUGGCGCUAUCGAAGGGGGAGCAGCAGCCCCCAAUGGAGAGGUGCAGGGGGACGGUGAAGUACCUUGUAUGGAGGAUGCAAGCAACGACAACCAAGGUGGUCUGAUUAUGAGAAUGGGUAGUGUGGUUAGGGGUUAUCUGCCUGCUGUCUUGAAUUCUGUCAGUGAUCGUAUACUGAACCCUUGAUAGAGUCACUGAAUACUUGCUCAGCCGUGGCUCUGCGAGCAUAAACAGAAAACUCCUACAGAAUUUCUAGUGUUGGAGAAUGGGGAUAAAACACCUCUCGAGAAUGUUAAUAAUGAAUAAAAUAGGAUUUGUACAGCGCACAUAUCUACUUUGUUAUGUGCUCAAGGCGCUCCUAUAUUACCCUGGCUAAGCUAGUCUACUGAUGCCAGUGCUUAAAGCUGUUUGAGGAAUUUCUUCCUGCCGGUGAAGUUGGGUUGAGUGCAGCGCAAUGUGGGUAAUUUUCUUGCAGAAGGAAAACACACUAUGGCGGGGAAUCGAACCCACGUCCCACAGUACCACAAGACCACAACGUCCCCACAUAUUCUAUCCUACCCUGAAAGACUAUGGACUGCCCCACAUCAUUCUGCGAUUAGUAUCAAUAUGAAAAGCUGGCCUUGUAGUCUGCAAGUGCAGACUAAACCUUAAGAAAUAAUUCCAUGACUAGGGUGGCGACUGGACUUACAAACCGACAUAGUUCGUUUAAUAUCCGCCGAGGGAAUAUAGCGUGGAAUAGGUAGAAAUUAAGCAUGUUUUCAUGCAACUUUCCUCCACCAUGCUUUAGCAUUUGUUGGGAGCAAAUCCGGAAAUCUCAUACACUGUACAUGAUAUUGAGAGGGAAACAAAUAUUAAGAGACCAAUUCUAAGGAUUUUUUUCUUGUGAAAAUUGUAUACAUGCCUAAGGAUCUUACUUGGAAAAAGGUCACCGUUCUGAGCGGCACAUCCUCGUAUACCUAAUAUAUGUGAGUAACCCCAGGCAGAAAACUCACUAAAAAUCGUAAUUUGCUUGUGCAAAUGAACAUUCGGUAGCACCACUUUCCAUUGUUUUGACUCAUGCAUGAAUUAUGAAUGUUGAGAUGAGCUUCAAAUGAAUGAGGAGAAACAUAUCCUUCCAUGCAUGUACAUCUCAUGAAGCAAAUUUAUGAUUAGGAUAGUAUAAAGUGGCACUGAAUUACGGUUUCAUUUUUUCUGAGAUGCACUGUAUACAUGUAGCUUAUGAUUACACUUGGGACACCAGAAUUCAUUGACAAACAUCUAGCAUGGUAUUCUAAUUUUUGCCCCCAAAUCAAGACCUCUCACUUAUUAAAAAAAAACCUCUUCAUAUUAGUGUUCUGCUUCUUUUGGAAGAAAUUAUUCUUAUGCUCGUUUAUCCAUCACCUUAAGCAAAAUUGAUGAUGAAUAGACUUUCAAAAGACUUUAAAAAAAUAGCACUCUCCUAUUUAUUGAGAGUUGAAAUACAUGUCUUGCCAAGUUUUUAAAUCCAAAGAAUCUCAAUGUAUGCUCUAUUUAUUUGUGAUGAACACUUACCCAAUCUUGAAGAGAGUCAAUGCAUGAUUGCAGUGUUUGGCUGCAGAGGGAGGAGGGGAGGGGGCAGGGGGCAGGAAGGCUUGUACUCAGUAUGCAACUUUAGGGUGUCUCAAAGAGGCAAAAGUAAAAAAAAGAACAAGUGAAAAAAGAAGUUGAAUGAGUUCUAAGGACUCCGUCUCAGAUAUGAUUUUGAAUUUGCCCCUAUACUUGCUUCCGGUCUCGGAUAUGCACCUGUUUGUGGAGGUUUUGCCGUACGAAACCAGGUUUCUAAUGGCUGUCCUUGGUCUACGGAGGAUUAACUGAACAUAGAGCCUUUCACUUUUCUACUUUCAGAGCAAACGUUAGUAAAGUCCGUCUAUCCAGCUCAAGAGGUAACUCUGAUGAUAGACAGAUACUCUUAAAUACAGCACUACUUACUUAUCAAAGAUAAACUUAUGUCUUGGCAAAUUUAGAUUUAUCAAGAAAACUGUUGUUAAUUUGUAUAUAUAUAUAAUCAUUAGAGACAUUUUUUUCUCGUAAAUUUGAUGAUUUAAUGCAUAUAUGUUUUCAGGCAAAAUGUAGGAAUGCAUGAUGUUGCAAUUUGUACUUAAAGAUAAUGCUGAAUGUUGAUAAAAAAAGUUAUUUAUAAUGCACAAAAUCCACUCUGCAAAGUGAUCAAAUGUAGUCCAGUAGGAUGUAAAAGGAAGAAAAGAAAAAUAUACAUCAACAAAAAGGAAAAUCAAAUAGUGGCAUAAUUGGGCAAUGCUUUCAUUUAUUAGCAUAAAUGAAUUUCUUGUAACCAAGUUUUGAAGAUUGUACAGAGCAAAUGUAUGUUUGUUGAUUGUUCGUCCGUCCUUCAGUCCUUAUUCCAUCCUGUCUCCAUCCUCGUGAUAUCUACAGAGUCAUUUGAAAUAUCUGAAAAUAAUGACUGAUUUCCGGUCACUGGGCUAUAAGGUCAAAGGUCAUUUUGGUCAAUAAAAACUUUGACAAUUUUGUGGUGUCAACGUCUAAAACUUCACCAAUGGUUAAAAUUUGAGUGAGAUUUGAACAUACUGGUAAUCAGGUAUAAUGUCAGGUCAAAGAUCAAGGGGUCAAGGUCAAAGGUUCAGUCAUGGCUCAUCAACCAUAAAUUGAUUAUAGAUAACAGAUGAAUCAAAAUUAAACUUAAUCCAUCAAAUUAUCCAAAAUCAAACUAAAUCCAUUAUGUGAUGGAUGAUCUCAUGAGAUUUUCAAUUUUUUUGUUUAUUUUAGAAUUUAAGCAAUGUAUUUCAAAUUGUGUGCAGUGAAGAAUCAAAGUAGUUAAAAUCUGCAAUACUUCCAUCUCUAGGCGUAUAUUAGCAAUGCCAGAUUUAGGUUUAUAUUGUCUUAGUGAUAUCUUUUGUCAAUUAAAAAAUCAUAGCUUUAUUAUAUGACCUAUUUCUUUUAGACUUUCACCUUUUCAUUUUUAUUUUGCCUUUCACAAAAAUAAUUGUAUAACACGGCCAGAUUCUUACAUCAUUAUGUCUUUAGAAAAUAGAAAAAAUAGAAAAAAAGAAGAAGAUUAUUGAUAAGAAUUCUGAUUGAUUUUGUGGCCUUUUUUUGUUGUUGGAAAUUUACUAAAUAAUUGUCAAUCAAUUAAUUGAUACAGGACACUAAACAUCCAUUUUUGUUACGUUGUUAAAGUUAUAUCUUAUGAAGAUAAUUGUAGAAUUCAUGUUACAUGUCUUUAAGUGUCAAAUGUUGACAUGUGUUGAGAAAGUUGUUAAAUAUAUGAACUAUUUAAACUA